AUGCUCCUCCUGCCCCGUGGAAGAUCACCUCCAUGUCCCACCCUGUUCUGCUCCUACCGCAGCUGUAGAAUGGUCAAACGCCAUCUGGCCCUCCGGACCUGGAUGCAGACUCAGCAGACUGCCCCAGAGAUCGAAGCCUUCCUUUUUGAAUACCUGAAGACAGUCGGUCAGCCUUCCUUGGGCGUGACCACUUCCCAAGCCUGGUCCCGCCAUCCCCACCUCUUCCAAAGUGCCAUCUCUUCACAAGCCAUGCUUGGGGCCCAGGGCCUCCUUGAAGGCCUAGUGCCCUCCAACUGGAGACACCUGCAGGCCCUUCACUUCUCCUACAUUGGCUCCAAGAAGUCCGCCAACCUUUGGGCCUCCCGUCUGAUACCCCGCCCCGAGUGGCAAGAUGCCUCACACUGGUUCAACAGUACUGGACUCACCUCCGUAUGGUAA